UGUGGGCACGAGGCAGUGAUUCUGCUGAAGAUGGUUGAUGUUCCUGGACCUCCGCUCAUAUCUCUGCUGCUGCUGUUGAGUGUGUCGGCUCUGCCUGCCGCCGCAUACACCCUGACCCCCGGCAGACUGCCCCAGGCCCAGCACAAAGUCCUGCAACUAGACUGGCCUAAGGACUGUGGCAUGGCACACUACAAACCCAACAUGGCUGAACGGAUCGUCUCUGGCAACGAGGCCAGACCUCACUCCUGGCCAUGGCAGGUCUCCCUACAGGUUCGUCCCAGAGGCAGUAAGCACUACAUCCACGUCUGUGGCGGAACACUCAUCCACAAGAACUGGGUCCUCACCGCUGCCCACUGCUUCCAGAAGGGUAAAGCCGAGGAUGCUGGGAGUUGGAGGAUCGUCCUGGGGAAGCAUCGGCUGAAACGUUCCGAGACGCCCGAGAGGACUAUCCCGGUGAAGAGGAUCUACCGUCACGAGCACUUCCGUUACCCCACACACAGCGAGCUGGACUAUGACAUYGCCCUGGUCAAGGCUGCCACCGACAUCGUGCCCAACAACCAUAUACGCUACGCAUGCCUGCCGCGCAAACAGAUCAACCUGAAGCCUGGACAAUACUGCUGGGUGACCGGCUGGGGAGACACUCGGGGUGGGAAGGAGAACGUGUCUCUGGCUGAGGCUCUGAACCAGGCCCGUCUGCCCAUCAUCGACUUCAAGACCUGCCGUCAGAAGAAGUUCUGGGGAGACCGCGUCCGGGACUCCAUGAUCUGUGCCGGCUUCAGAGAUACAGAAGGACCACCUGCUGCCUGCCAGGGUGACUCAGGGGGUCCUCUGCUGUGUCAGCUGGGGCGUGACAGGUGGGAGGUGCACGGUGUGGUGAGCUUCGGCCCCAUCGGCUGCACUGUGGAGAACAAGCCCAGCGUGUUCACCCGCACCGCCAACUACAUCCCCUGGAUCGAGGCUACCCGCAUCAGAGACUUCUUCCUGCACUAGACCACACACACACACAGAACCUUACAACCCUUCUGCACCCAUCAAACUACAGCAGUGUUUUUKGGGGAGAGAUAGCAUAUUGCAGUUUGUUUCGUAAUCACACCCAUGUCAAUGAUUCAGUGUUGUUCCAUGUCCAUAACCUAUCAAUUUUGUCUUGAGCAUUCUGUUCUGCUAAAUGUAACAUUCAGAAUCAUGUUAUCCUAUUUUAAAUGGUGCAAUAUUUGCAUGGCAUUUAUGACACCUUGACCCCCACCCUGUCCCCAACCACUGCUCCACUUCCUGGUUGUACUCUUUCCUGACUACAUUUCCCACCAUGCACCCAAUAAAGUUAGCAGAAAAAGCA